CCACGACGAUUGGGGCGUCUGGCGCUCUGAUGCGGGUGACCGGAUCAGGGACCCCGCUACUGGGCGGGGAGAGUAAGCAGGCGCCCAGAGAGAUACUUUCAGGAUUGCGGGCUGCAGGAUAGGGGGCUGCGCGCCCCGGCGCUGCUGCUUUCGUGCGCGCGAUGAGAGACUAGGGUCCCUCGUUCUGUCUAAGCCUGGGACCCAGUGUGCGGGCCGGGCUGGGCGAGCCGCAGAGCGGAGCAGUUUCCUCCGAGAAAGUUGGGGAUGGAGCCCUUCUUUCUUCACUGUCCCCGAGAUAGGGUGGGUCGCCAGGGUACCACCCCGAGGCUUCCAGUGUGGAGGAGCUGAGUGGGUCACUGCGCCCCUGAGCUGAGUUCCUCCACCCCCGGCUAAAAUACACAAAUUACCCAGAUCUUCGCUUCUCUGGCGUCUUCUAGGAAAAUUAUUCCUGCCAAAACUGAGAGAACUCACUGCGUGCCCUGCUUGCUUGGUCGACAAUGAGUGCCAAAUCUGCCAUCAGCAAGGAAAUUUUUGCACCUCUUGAUGAAAGGAUGCUGGGAGCUGUCCAAGUCAAGAGAAGGACAAAGAAAAAGAUUCCUUUCUUGGCAACUGGGGGCCAAGGCGAAUAUUUAACUUACAUCUGCCUGUCAGUGACAAACAAGAAACCCACGCAGGCAUCCAUCACGAAGGUCAAACAGUUUGAAGGCUCCACGUCGUUUGUACGGAGAUCACAGUGGAUGCUUGAGCAGCUUCGCCAGGUUAAUGGCAUCGAUCCUAAUCGGGAUUCUGCCGAGUUUGAUUUGUUGUUUGAAAAUGCUUUUGACCAGUGGGUAGCCAGCACAGCCUCGGAAAAAUGCACCUUCUUCCAGAUCCUCCACCACACCUGCCAGCGCUACCUCACAGACAGGAAGCCGGAGUUUAUCAACUGCCAGUCCAAAAUCAUGGGAGGAAACAGCAUCCUCCAUUCAGCAGCUGAUAGCGUGACCAGCGCAGUACAGAAAGCGAGCCAGGCCUUGAACGAGCGCGGGGAGCGGUUGGGCCGUGCAGAGGAGAAGACAGAAGACAUGAAGAACAGCGCCCAGCAGUUUGCAGAAACUGCACACAAGCUUGCCAUGAAGCACAAAUGUUGAGAAACUGCCUCUCCUGGUGACCUCUUAAGAGAAGUUGAAGUUUGUUCAGCAGUUUUUACAAGAAUUUCAGACCUCCGCUUGCUUUUUUUUUUUUUUCCAAAAUAUGGACAUUUAGGGUUUUUUUCCUUUUCAGAUGUUAAUAUGAAGGAAAAAAUAUUGUGUUUAUACAUUUCCUUAAUAAUCCUGUUAAGAAAUGCUGCAUAGCAUCAACUUCAUUUUUUUCCAUUGUCUGUGUGUGUGUGUGUUUUAUUUUAGGUUUGGUUUUUUUUUUUUUUUUGGUAGUUUGAAUAUGAAAUUCGGGCCAAAUGAUUUACUGAGCUAUGUAUAAACUGGCAACAUGUAUUUUUUCCCCUGAUAUUAAGCAGGAAGACAUUUUAAUGUGGUGACAUCAGAUGUUAUUGUUCCUGGUUGGAAAUAAAAGUCAAGCAGUGAUUGGUUUCACUCAGUCUCCUAGCUACUCUUAAUCUGAAGGUUAAGAUUCUAUAUCCUGAGACAUAAAUCUGUAUUAUCAAGGGAAACAGCAGUCUUGGAUUUUGCUUUUUAUGCAGUAAUCGUUUGCAUGAGCCAUCACCAGCAUUCAAAUAAACAAAUGUGAAUCACAGAUAGAAAUCUACAUUCUGAACUACAGUUUAAAUACUCCCACUACCUAUUUCCAGGCUGAUUAUUUAGAAUAAUCAUAUGAAGGAUAAUAAAUUGAGAUUAAAGGCCUAUUUAAAAACCUUUGUGCAUUCACAAAUGUUUGUCAUUGCCCCCAAAUUAUGGUAGCUGGUCUUGAAAAGUGCUUGGAUUUUUAUCAAGAAUUGAUCUGUUCAGAUAAGGUCUGUAUAAAUGAUAAUGUGAAUAGAUACCACACAUCUAAAAUUUUUCCUUUUAUUUUUACAAAGCCAUGCCUGUUUUAUUAGAGACACCCUCAUGAUGUCCUUGGGAAAUGGCCUUCAAUUUCUUGGUAUCUGAUUCUUGGAGGUUUUGAUGCUGUUAUUGCUAUUUAUUUAAUGUAAUUUAAAGUGUGAGUUUCUUGACAAACUGCAUUUCAUGGCAAUUGAAACUUGCCUGUUCUGACAUAAAAGAGCACAGUCAAUGAAACCUUUACAUUGCAGUCAGAUUGAAUGAAAUUGCUUUACACACCUCCUGAUUUUGUACUACUCAGCACAGGCCCAUAUAUUCAGUCUAGAAGUCUGGUUUCUUAGAGAGUUAAUAUGCUAAAUAUAAAAGCUAUGCUUUGUCUUCCUGAAACCAGGAGGCAAGCCUGACAUCCCAGAUAUAUUCUCAGCCUCCCGCUGUGAUGCAUUGAUUUUUAAGCUGCCUGAAUCUUUAGGACCCCUUUUAUUCCAUCCCGCCCAUUGAGCCUAUUACAUAGCAGCCUAUGAUGACUCUGGGAUUAUUUAUGCUGAUUUAAAUAGCUUAAAUUCUCCUGAUAAAGCAUUCCCAAGGAUAAGGAAAAUUAGACUGUUGGAGAGUGAAAAAAAUGAUCUUAGUCUGUAGUGUCAAAAGGGAGAUGGGAUUUGCCAUAGAUAAAUUUCUAAAUCCUCUUAGGGAGAUGAUCCAUUUCAAGAAAACUAUAAAGUUUAUAAGGUAAACUAUGUAAGUUUAUUAGAAUACUUGUACUUUUCUUUCAGUUCUUUAAAAGUUUAAAGAAGCAAGGGACUUGAUAGCUGGUGAGUACCAUCAGAAGCAUUUAUUUAUAAUUUCCAAGAAAAGCUGAAAAUAUCACACCAAAUAGGUUCAGAAAAUGUGCACGCACACACACAGAGAUAUUCAUCUUCCCAAAUUGGAUUCUAGUUUCAGAGAUAGAUAUUUGGUAUAAAUAAUUAAAAGGGUAAAUCUAAAACCCCCCUGACAAUCAGCCAAACUCAAAAAUAAAAUUUGUUGCCAACUAUAUAACAACAGUGUUUGUGAAGCUGCUUCUAAAGUAGCAAAGGGUAGGGUCAUAAGCAUACUGUGAAAUUUGAGAUUUUUCCUCCCUGGUAGAAUUGUGAGUUACUCUUCAUAUAUUAAGUAUUCCACAUCUUGCCCUCUUUGCUCACUCCCUGUUUAUCCUUUUAGACUUAGGUCUUUUUAGAAAGAGCCUGGAUUAGAAGAAAGCCUAUCUGCUUAUUUAUUAGCUUCCUCUAUUGUUCUGGUCCAGGCUAUGGUCAUGCCUUUGACCUCCCUGUGACCCAGUCCCACCUAGGCCUCUACCCAGCAGAGAAACCAAACAGCAACCCCAGUUCCUCCAGAUUUCUUACAGAGGCGUGAGCCCUGUGCUGACACACGUGAGGUUCUUUGCUAUCUUUUGUAGAUGUCACAAUACAAAAUAUUACUGCAAUCUAACCUAGAGAAAAUUGCUGAAAUGACUCACAUUAUUUGGGACCAAUUCAUUUGGGACCAAUUCAGUGGCUUGCUUAAAGACAUUUAAUUUCACUUUGUUUCACUUCCUCACUUCACUCUUGAGCUUUGGGAAGACUAUUUCUGUGAAGGAUCUCUUAUGUUGUACUGACAAUUCAUAAGGAAAAGAGACUUCCCACUGUUCUCACUUCUUCCUGAACUGUAGCUGUAGUAUUCUUCACUAGUACUAUUAGAUACCUGUGUACAGGAAGUAGACAGUGAUUCUGGGUUAACAUUUCAUAUUAAAGAAUGUAUUUGUAAAAUGUAACAAGAUGAGUAGUUAACUUUUUUUAAGCUCUGAAAAAAAUAAAGAUUAUGUGUUAGAUUUAAAAUUACAGUGAAAUGUCUUAAUACUACUUUUGUGGCUAACAAAGGUUGUGCAUUUAUGUAAAAAUAUUUACAGAAUGCCCUCAAUAAAGGAUACUAAAGAGAGAUUUUGCUUUUAAUCUUUAGAACUGUAACAAUGCUGAUGUUGUUAUACAGUUAUUAAUUCUUCAGAAGUUCUCUAAGAUGUCAAAUAUAAUUUUUCUUCCUUUCAGAGACAAGUAACACCUGCUCUGUGAUUCACUAUUACAGCAAACUCUAAUUUUGUCAUUAAAUAUUUUAACUCUGUGA